GUUAGCGGCCCAUUAGCGUCUGGUUACACCUUUACACCCGGUGUCCUUCCUGCCGCGCGGGUCUGGGUCGCGUUUUCCCGCCGACCGCCGAGCACGGCUCUCUCUGGUAACUGAAUAGCCAGUGUAAUCUGACACUUCAACUUGCUCUGCUCCACGGUAGUUGAUUCAGUCACUCACUCGCACCGUCUCCGGGGCUCUCGCGUCGUCUUUGUGAAGUGCAGGGAGCGAGCGAGAGAGAGAGAGAGCGAGAGCGAGAGAGAGGAGCGCCGUAAACGCGAGGUUUGGAGGAACAAAUACGCGGAUUUUGCCACCGAGGUCAGUGCUGAAAGGUAAAGAGCUUUUAAUGGCGUCCCGGUAGAGACAUCAAGAUGAACACGUUACCAUCAAUGGACCGGCACAUCCAGCAGACCAAUGACAGGCUGCAGUGCAUCAAACAGCACUUACAGAACCCGGCCAACUUCCACUCCGCAGCCACAGAGCUGCUCGACUGGUGUGGAGAUCCCCGAGCCUUCCAGCGACCUUUCGAGCAAAGUCUCAUGGGAUGUCUGACGGUGGUGAGUCGCGUUGCUGCGCAGCAAGGGUUUGACUUGGACCUGGGCUACAGGUUGCUGGCUGUGUGUGCUGCCAACAGGGACAAAUUCACUCCCAAAUCUGCAGAAACCAGCACCUGCAGGAGAUGUCAGAGUGACUCAGCCCUGCUGUCGUCGUGGUGCGAGGAGCUGGGUCGUCUCCUCCUGCUGCGUCACCAGAAGAACAGGCAGAACGAACCGCAGGGAAAAGUCCCCAUGCAGCCCAGCAUGAGCAGCAUGAAGCCCGGCCUCACGCACAGUGAUGGAUCCUUUCCCUAUGACUCUGUCCCCUGGCAACAAAAUACCAACCAGCCCCCUGGGUCAUUGUCUGUGGUUACAACAGUGUGGGGCGUGACCAACACGUCACAGAGUCAGGUGCUGGGUAACCCAAUGGCAAACAGCAAUAACCCCAUGAAUCCUGGGGGUAACCCUAUGGGAUCAGGUAUGUCUUCGAGUGCAGCAGGGCUCAACUCACCUCAGUUCAGUGCUCAGCAGCAACAAUUCCCAAACAAAGGAGGCUCCAACCAACCAUACAUGCAGCAGGGCAUGUACGGCAGGGCUGGCUACCCUGGAGGUCCUGGAGGAUACAGCGGAAGUUAUUCUGGAGGCCCAAACGCCCCUCCAGGAGGUAUGGGAAUGACUUCCCACACACGUCCUCCCGGUGACUUCACUCAGCCGGCCGCCGCUGCUGCAGCAGCUGCUGUCGCUGCCGCUGCUGCUACGGCAACGGCCACAGCAACGGCCACGGUAGCAGCUCUGCAAGAGACGCAGAAUAAAGAUAUGAACCAGUAUGGACAGAUGUGUUCAUCGUUCCAAAUGGGCCCCGCUCAGGCCUACAAUAGCCAGUUCAUGAACCAGCCAGGUCCACGAGGCCCCCCUGGAGGUAUGAAUCCAGCCAGCAUGGGAUCAGCCAUGAGCAACCCUAAUAUGAGUGGGCCUCCCAUGGGCAUGAACCAGACUCGAACCCCAGGCAUGGGGCCUUUUGGGGCUCACGGCCAAAGGAUGCCUCAGCAAGGGUAUCCUGGACCGCGACAGGGCAUGCCCAUGCAGGGGAUGAAGAGGCCAUAUCCUGGGGAGGCAAGUUACGGGGGUCAGCAGUAUGGGCCAAACAGUCAGUUCCCACCACAGCAGGGGCAGUACCCCACGUCAAAUGCCUCCAGGCCGCUGCCCUCUCCUAACUACCCCGGCCAAAGGAUGCCAGGGCAGCAGGGCCAGGGACAGUACCCACCUGGCAUGCCCAUGGGCCAGUAUUAUAAGCAAGAGCCCUUCAAUGGUCAGAGCACCAACUUCUCUGGAGGCGGAUACUCGUACGGUCAAGGCAAUGGGCCCCCCAGGCCCAGUAACUACCCCCACUCCCCCGUCCCUGGUAACCCCACACCCCCUAUGACCCCGGGAAGUAGUAUUCCUCCGUACCUGUCGCCAAACCAGGAUGUGAAACCCCCAUUUCCACCCGACAUGAAACCAAAUAUGACAGCACUUCCGCCCCCUCCAACCAACCCCAACGAGGAGCUGCGGCUGACGUUCCCAGUCAGGGAUGGAGUGGUGCUGGAGCCGUUCCGCUUGGAGCACAACCUGGCUGUCAGUAACCACGUCUUCCACCUUCGACCGUCCGUCCACCAGACCCUCAUGUGGAGGUCAGACCUUGAGCUGCAGUUUAAGUGCUACCACCAUGAAGACAGGCAGAUGAACACCAACUGGCCUGCCUCCGUCCAGGUCAGCGUCAACGCCACGCCCCUCACAAUUGAGAGGGGAGACAACAAAACCUCCCACAAACCCCUGCACCUUAAGCACGUAUGCCAACCUGGGAGGAACACCAUCCAGAUUACAGUCACCGCCUGCUGUUGUUCCCACCUGUUUGUGCUGCAGCUGGUCCACAGGCCAUCUGUGCGAUCCGUCCUCCAGGGGCUCCUGAAGAAGAGACUCCUUCCUGCAGAACACUGCAUCACCAAGAUUAAGAGGAACUUCAGUAGUGUAGCGGCCUCAGCAGGCAACACCACUCUGAACGGGGAAGACGGUGUUGAGCAGACGGCCAUUAAAGUGUCGCUGAAAUGUCCCAUUACCUUCCGACGCAUCCAGCUACCGGCACGAGGGCAUGACUGCAAACAUGUCCAGUGUUUUGAUCUGGAGUCCUACUUACAGCUCAACUGUGAGAGGGGGACAUGGAGGUGUCCUGUGUGCAAUAAAACAGCAUUAUUAGAAGGUCUGGAGGUGGACCAGUACAUGUGGGGAAUCCUCAAUGCCAUCCAAAAUUCAGAGUUUGAGGAGGUCACUAUAGACCCGACAUGUAGCUGGCGACCUGUCCCCAUUAAGUCUGAGCUACAUAUCAAAGAGGACCCCGACGGGCCGCUGGCCAAACGCUUUAAGACCAUGAGCCCCAGUCAGAUGACCAUGCCCAAUGUGAUGGAGAUGAUCGCCCAGCUAGGGCCUGGUCCUGGCCCAGGACCUGGACCUGGCCCCGGACCAGGUCCCAGUCCCUACCCCCCACACCCUGGUCAACAUACUAGUGGCAACGGGGGAGAUUACCCCGGAGCAGGCAACAGUUACCACAGCCAAGGGAACUUUGACUUCCCUCACGGGAACCCCUCUGGUGCUGGAGUUGGAGGAGGUGGAGGUGGAGGUGGUGGAGGCCCCCCUAUGAAUGACUUCAUCCAUGGCCCCCAGCUCUCUCACCCCCCAGAUGGGCCUGGUGGUCUCCUCUCCCAGGACAAGUCCCUUAACCAUGGCAUGAACGAUGCAAUGUCCCAUCCCGAUCAGUCCCAUAACUCCAUGCAGCAGAACUUGCAUGCAUCUCCCCACCCUGGCGGCCAAACAGGGCCGCCCUUACAUCACAGUGGCCAGUCAGGGCAGCCCCUGCAUCACAGUGGCCAGUCAUCGCAGCCGCCUCGCCAGUCGCAGCCUCAGCCGCAGCCUCAGCAGCCUGGGCAGAACAGUCACCCUCACAGCGAUCUGAACUUUAACCCCUCCUCAGAUGGGCCGAUGGUUCAGGGAGCCCAGGAUAUGCCCGAACCCUCCCUGGAUCUGCUUCCAGAGCUGGCCAACCCAGACGAGUUACUAUCAUACCUGGACCCUCCCGACCUUCCCGCCAACAGCAACGACGACCUUCUCCUCUUUUGACACAACCUUCCCUUCGCCUUCUACACCAGACCCUCCGCCUGGUGCUGUGUUUGA